AUGGCUGCGCACAACCCUCUGCGCCCCAACCUUCGCUGGGGCUUGGUGGCAUUCAGCAGCUCCCUCUUCAUCAACAACAAGACACAGGACAGCGGCGCUGCCCACACCUACCACCCAGCCCACGAGGUCCUGGCCAGCCUGCCCCUCCAGAUGAUGCUCUACUUCAACGUCUACUACUUCCCAGUCUGGUGCCUGGCUGAGGGGAUGAUGCUGCAGCUGAAGUACCACCUGCUGCCUCAGCACUACCAGUUCCUGCUGGUCACUGCCUUCCUCAUCCUCUCGCUGGCUGAGGGCUCCCGUCUCUACCUGGGCUACAUGGGGAACCUGCAGGAGAAGGUGCCUGAGCUGGCCGGCUUCCUCCUCCUCUCCUUCCUGAUCCAGCUCCCCCUCCUGCUUUUCCUGCUGACGGACAGCCACAUCAUCCGCCUGCCGCUGGAGGUGGCCGUGCACAGCCUUCUCUUGGCCUUCCUCGUUGCCGAGAUUGCAGCUGCCUUCCUUGCACUGAAGACGAUGACGAAGCAGCUCAUGGCACAGUUCUACCUGUGGCAGUUCAAGGAGGGUGGCAGGGGACAUCAGCGAGGCAGCUGA